AUGCACACUACUACUUCGCAAGAGUGCCGUAACGAGACUGAGAUACGCGGCGGCGAUUGGCAAAGUACCGUAUCGCCUUCAAUGGCCGCUGUUCGUUUCUCUGGCGGGACACUCGGUCGCGCAAACCAGGGGCGGGGAAGUAGCAGCGGGUACGGAUCAAAUGCUCCUAGCACUAGCAGUAAUAGCUCUAAUGGAAAUUCAAAGAGCUUCUCUGGAAGAUCACAUUACGCCCCGGAUAACUCCCGAUACGCAGACGAC